AUGCCGGGCAUGCUGGCCGACAGCGGCGGCGCCAUCGUCCCGUUCUCAGGGGACCCAAACCACGCGGCGCCGCCGCCGCCACCACCCGUGCGGCCCAUCCGCCACGGCGUGGCGCCGCCCAUCUCCCGCGUCUUCGUCUCCUGGUCAAGCGGCAACCUCCUGCAGGUCGCCUGCCUCCGGCCGCCGGGUCCGGUGGACGCCGGCGCGGAGGAGGUCGCCGGGAGCGUGGUGGAGGUGAACCUCGCCGUUGCCAAUGGCAGCGCGGGGGUCGAGGAGCAGGAGAUCGACGAGGCAGAGAUGCGGCGGAUAGAGUACGGCUCGGUACCGGCCUUUGCGCUGCUGCAGAGCAGGAAGAACGCCCUCGCGGACGCUGCUGCUAUGCAGCACAUGCACUCGGUCUCAGAGCACGCGGAAUGGUGGCAAUAUGUGCUCCAAUACAGCAAAACCAUCGGUAAACUCCUUGGGAGCCCAGAUAGUCUUCCCGGUCUCAUGAUUGAAGAUCCAAGGGCUAUUCUUAAGGUUAGGGAGAGGCCUACUAGUUUAAAGGCUGCGUGGGAACUGUUGGAGAUCUUCUAUGUUGAUAAAAACUUACACAGCUGGCUUCCUGAGCGGCUUGUUGAUUGGUUAGCCGAUUACGACAGCCUCUUGACCAAGACGGAUGGCACCGUGUAUUGCAAGCUCAGUGAUUUCCAGAAAAAGCUCAUCAACCUGCAGGUCGUUGAAAAUGAUCCUGAUUACUGGAAUGGAUUAUCAGCAGCACUUUCAGUUGGGUGGCUUGACGUUGUGGUGAAUAUGCUACGUUUUCAUGGAUCAUACCAAUUGGAUCAGAUGGACAACCGUGAGACAGAAAACGGGUUGGUUGAGGCUGUUGCAGUUCUUGUCUCAACCAUGCCGCGCAUGAGACCAGAUUUGCCAACGGGUAAAUUAGGCCAGUGCUGUACAUCAAGACCUGAUUUUAUCAAGGCAUGGGAAAAAUGGCGAGGUCAAGUAAGUAAACUGGAGUGCAGUGCAUUUUGGAUUCAGUGCGGUCAUCAAAAAACUCGUGAUGGGUUGAAGAAUCUGCUUCACAUCAUGAUGGGAAACAUAAAGGACCUCACUGCUGCUACUUCCCAUUGGCUAGAGCUAUUCGCUUCUCAUUUUCUUUAUAUAAGGCCAUUUACGGUGGGUUUUGAAGGGAUGCAUCACUUAGCACAGAAAUGCAUACAGCUUAAGCCAUCUUUCGGCAAUAGUGGAUUAACAGGUCUCCUUAACGGCAUCCUUUCAGAAAAUCCAGAGGUAGUCUUGGCGGAAUGCACAAAAAAAUUUGGGCCUUGGAUGGUAACACACUCCAUGGAGCUGUUGGCAGCUGAUAAUGAAUAUGCAGAUAUUAUGUUGCAUGAAGAGCGACCUAACUUUGGUGGCUUAAGCAUAGAGGAAUUGCACCGGCUAGUCUACGCUCAAGUUUUGAGUUCUCAUUCUUUAACUUGGCAGAUUGCACCGACUUACCUGUCCUCGUGUCUAAACCAAGGCCUAGGGCUCUUGGAGAUUCUACUUCUUAAGCAACCCAUACAAGACAACCGUCAAGUGCUGAAGACUUUGGAACUUUGUCGUCUGUAUGAACUCGAGAAUGUUAGUACAAACAUCAUGAAGAUUGCAGGCAUUUAUCAUUGGAAGCAUGGUAGAAAAGGAACUGGGGUUUACUGGUUCCAGCAAGCACAUGAUAAAGUACGACUUGAUAGAAUUGCUCAACAGUUGUUUGAGCGCAUUGGGAAGUCAGUUGCAGAUGACAAUUUUAAGCAAUGGGAAGGCUUGCUCGAGUUACUAGGUUCUGACAUUGGUAGUGCAGGUGGUCUUGAAUUCCUUCACAGGUACCGGGAUUUCAAGAGGUCCCUUCAACAGGCACUAGAAGGAAGGACUGGCGAGGCUGCUCGGCAGACAGUGGAGUUUCUUAUACAGCUAAUGAGAAAUCCUUCCACACCACAACGUUUCUGGCUACCCCUUCUACAUGAUUCAGUGAGGCUGCUUAACUGUAAACCCUGCCCUUUGUUGAAUGUUGCUGAGACGACCUUGUUACUCAACAAGCUACAAGAACUGUCAAUGGCGAAGUUACGUCCUGACUUCUGCACUAAUCACCUACCAAGCCAUGCACUGAGCUCCGUCAGGUUGGCUUUGGCAUCAAAUCUUGCCCGCGCCAUCCUUGAAGAACCUUGAGUUCUGGUUGUAUUUGGUGGAGUAUCAGCUCCAGUCUGUUGGAUGGUCCGAAUGUUGGUGCUCGGCAGUUGCAUUAUUAGGCUAUAUGUGUUUUUGUUGUUGAGGAAAGGUUUAACUCUAGGUGAGCGGUUGUGCCAUAGAUUGUACCAUGCAUUGUUUUUAGCUUUAGUGAUCCCAGCUGUUGCCUUCUUUUCCGAAAUGAGGCUUGUAACUGUAUUAUGGGUGAAAAAACACUGGGAUGGCGUUACUUGAAUCCUACAUUGCAGUUACUUCCGACAUGCCCAAUGAACUUGAAAAGAAAAUGAUACAUGGACGACUUGGUCCUAUACCUGAACGGCUUGUAGAUGUUUCAGUAUUUGGCUAAUGGCCUG